AUGACGACGACGAAGACGACGAUCUGGCGGCCGAACGUGAGAGUGACCCUCGACGAGUAUGGCGAAGUCGAGGACACGGAGAGGGGGGAAGAGGAGUUGACGAAGCAGAGGACGAAGCGGAAGAGAGCCCCUUGGACGAAGGGGCCAUGCGAGCACGGGGUGAAGUAUCGGUCGAAAUGCAAGGUGUGCAGCGCUUGUCCGCACGGGAAGUGGCACUAUCAAUGCAAGGAGUGCGGUGGGUCUCAAAUCUGCGAGCACGGUCGUAUACGCUCUCAGUGCAAGGAGUGCGGUGGGUCUCAAAUCUGCGAGCACGGUCGUAUACGCUCUCAGUGCAAGGAGUGUGGUGGGUCUCAAAUCUGCGAGCACGGUCGUCAGCGCAAACUGUGCAAGGAGUGCGGUGGGUCUCAAAUCUGCGAGCACGGUCGUCAGCGCAAACUGUGCAAGGAGUGCGGUGGGUCUCAAAUCUACGAGCACGGUCGUCAGCGGCCUUACUGCAAGGAGUGCGGUGGGUCUGGAAUCUGCGAGCACGGUCGUCAGCGCCAUAGGUGCAAGGAGUGCGGUGGGUCUCAAAUCUGCGAGCACGGUCGUCAGCGCCAUAGCUGCAAGGAGUGCGGUGGGGGUGGAAUCUGCGAGCACGGUCGUAUACGCUCUCAGUGCAAGGAGUGUGGUGGGUCUCAAAUCUGCGAGCACGGUCGUCAGCGCAAACUGUGCAAGGAGUGCGGUGGGUCUCAAAUCUGCGAGCACGGUCGUCAGCGGCCUUUCUGCAAGGAGUGCGGUGGGUCUCAAAUCUGCGAGCACGGUCGUCGGCGCCACAGAUGUAAGGACUGUCGUCGCGGCGCGUGA